CUUUCGUCAGUGGAUGUUGUAUGUCUGUGGUUGUGUUGCUGCAUAAAUUUAAUGUUCAUAUUUAUUUGUUGAUAAUCCCCAGAGGGAUCCUAGUGAUUUGUAAAGUGUAUUCAGAAAAAACAGUAUCAUCCAGUAUUGCUUGUAAAUGUAUUAACCAAAACAACAGCUGCAAUGGAUGAAAAAUGCGAAGACGAUAUAAACUCGGGGGAGGAUAACAACUCGAGUGCAUUCGAUUCAAACGGAGAUAGUACGGAAAGUGCCAAGAGACUUAAAACCGAACGAUAUUCUUCCGAAAAUUCAAACGGGUCGUCGAGUGGCGGCGUUAUAAGUUCAUCGAGUAAUGCCGAAGACGAAACUGAAAAUUCUACAAGUGCCCCGCAGGAAUCCACAGCAACUGCAAGUACUAGUCAAGGUCGUUUACUCCGGGUGUGUCUUCCCAAGACGAGGGUCUAUCGAAGGUAUGUGGAGGAGGAUUCGCCCGCAUCUGCGGGGGUUGAUAGCAACGACGUUAUGGAAGAAUCCGAUCACGAUGAAGGUCCAUCGACCGAUAUAGAUACGACGUGCUCGACCGAAAUCCACGAUGCGGAUGUAGAGUCGGAUCACGAAGAGCAUCCGGUGCUAAAGAAACCGAAACCGAAGCACAGCUGGUUUAUGAUUCCGGAAUUUGUUAACAGACAAAUUGGUUUUAGUGCAAAAACGCAAAGUUCAAUAUUAUUUCAAAGACGUUGUUAUGGAUCGUUACAUUGUGUCCAGCGUUUAGAGUUAAUGUAUAAAUUAGAUAAACAUGAAGGCUGUGUUAAUAGUUUAAAUUUUCAUCCUAACGGGGAAUUGUUAGCUAGUGGUUCGGACGAUUUAAAGGUAGUUAUAUGGGAUUGGAAGUAUGGAAUUCCGCUUCUUACUUUCGAGACGAAGCACAGAGGAAACGUUUUCCAAAGUAAAUUUUUACCGUUAAGUGGAGAUUUGCACAUUGCGACGUGCGCACGUGAUGGUCAGGUUAGGUUAGCGCAAGUAUCUACUCAGGAGGGCGUUCGGAGUAGUCGAAAGUUGGGUAGCCAUAAAAGCGCGUGUCACAAACUUGCAAUAAUAAAUAGUCAACCUCAUGUAAUAUUAAGCGCCGGGGAAGACGGCGAGGUCUUACUUCACGAUGUUCGCAACUGUAAACCUGAACACCUUUUGACUGUGUCUUCGGAUUUCCGGCCCAUGGCUCUGUAUAGCAUAAACUCGCAUCCAUUGAGUAGUUAUGAGUUUUGUGUUAGUGGGCGUGAUCAUAUUGUCCGAACCUAUGAUCAGCGUAAGUGUGGCAGUGAAGCAGUUCCUCUUAAUUCUUACUUUCCCAAAAAGCUGCAGGCGAAGUCCGACGAUUUCAUUGGCCUGCACGUCACAUGUGCUUUAUAUAAUCAUAACGGCUCUGAAAUAUUGGCGUCGUAUAAUGAUGAAGAUAUUUACACCUUUGACGUUAACGGCACGCCCGGAUCGUAUGUACGACAGUUUCAGGGACACAGAAAUGGGGCCACCAUUAAGGGAGUUAAUUAUUUCGGUCCAAAAUCGGAAUUUAUCGUCAGCGGAUCGGACUGUGGCAACCUGUACAUUUGGGAGAAGAACAGUGAGGCCAUCGUUAAUUGGAUGUUGGCAGAUGAUAGUGGAGUGGUAAAUUGCUUAGAACCUCAUCCCCAACUUCCAUUUUUGUGUACGAGUGGGCUCGAUUUUGAUGUGAAGGUGUGGGUUCCUUCGUGUGAGAGUGACCCUUUAAUGUCCGGACUGUCCGAUACAAUUAAAUCAAAUACGAAAGCUAGAACGAGCUACAUAACCGGUGAUCUUAAUGACAGUCACAUGCUGUGGAUCUUAUGGCGACACUUACGUACUACUAGUCGCAUUAAUAGAUCAAAUGUAAGAGGUGGAGAACUUUUUUCCGGUUUGGAAAACACAAACUCCUCUAGUGAUUCGGCCAGUUCUUCGGACGUUGUAGAUAGUGAUGGUGAUUCAGACGAAUUCAAUAGUUCGGCCGGUUGUACGACGUCGUAAUUUGUGGUAGUCGGUACUAUUUUUACAUUGCAUUUAUUCAAAAAAAUUUGUAAGGAACUAUGUCUUUUCUACAAUUAGAUAUAAUAUAGUUUAAAAAAUUA